AUGCAGCCUACAGAAAUCCUCGCCAUACUGGCGGGAACUUACCAGCUUCUCAACACCUCAGCCACACGUGAUGGAGUCGCCGUACCAGACCGAACAUACGGUUCCAACCCCGUUGGCAUCCUCUCCUACAGCAAAUCCGGCUUCAUGUCCGCAACGAUUACAUCAACAGAUCCCGAAGAUCGACCCGCGAACUUGACAUUCCCCUUCGAGGAUUCACAAUCAGACGCCGACUGGGCCCUUGUUGGAAAGCACAGCAUCGGCUACGCAGGGCCGCUCCGAAUCAGCGACGCCUUCCCCGCGAACGCAACCUUCGGUCAAGUCAUCCACGGACCAUUGACUGUAGCCAACGUCCCGUCCAUGGCCGGGGGUAGCCAAGCGCGCAAUUACACACUCUACGAGGACGGAAAGAUUCUCCGCAUCUCAUCACAAAGGGACGGCGGAAAUCGUGGAGAGCUUUGGUGGAAGAGGCUGGACUGA